UAUCGACCCCUUUUUUCUGUGUUCGAGCUCAUCCUCAAGCGGCCGUAAUCGAAUUCUGAUACUCCAACAAUUCGCUUCAAUUCAGGCUUCCAGGGUUUGGGGUCUGCCGAUCUAGGUUUCCGAUUGCCUGGGUCAUGGCGGCGUUGAAGGAGCUUCUGCCUGCUGUGAAAUCAACGACUACGACGUACUACGACCACUCCAAUGAUCCGUGGUUCAAACAGAGGUUCAGUUCGGCGGAGGCGGAGGCGGCCUCUGUCAUUAAGCCCAAUCCUGUCCCGCCGUAUUUGAAGCGGGCAGGUUUUGUUCCUCGAAAGCUCGAGGAUUUUGGAGAUGGCGGGGCCUUUCCGGAGAUUCAUAUUGCCCAAUACCCUCUUGAUAUGGGGAGGGAUAAAACUGCAAAGCCCGGAUCCAAGAUACUACCAGUGACUGUUGAUUCACGUGGCAAUGUGGCGUAUGAUGCUAUUGUCAGGCUAAAUGAGAAUGCCUCCAAGAUUGUGUAUUCACAGCAUAAGGAUCUUGUGCCCAAGAUAUUGACUGAGGAAGAGAUAGAGGAAGAUGAAGAGGAAUUGGAGAAGAUCGAGGAAACAAUGCAGGAAACUAAAGCAGCACUUGAGAAGAUCGUGAAUGUGAGGUUGAGUGCUGCGCAGCCCAAGAAUGUCCCAACGCAAUCCACUGACUCAAAGUUUAUAAAGUAUAAGCCAUCACAGCAGUCCGCAGCCUUUAAUUCAGGUGCGAAGGAGAGGAUUAUAAGGAUGGUGGAAAUGCCAGUGGACCCACUUGAGCCUCCGAAGUUUAAGCAUAAGAGGGUGCCGAAGGCUUCAGGGUCACCACCUGUUCCUGUUAUGCAUUCUCCACCACGGCCAGUAACAGUGAAAGAUCAGCAGGAUUGGAAAAUCCCACCUUGUAUUUCGAAUUGGAAGAACCCAAAAGGGUACACAAUUCCACUCGAUAAACGUUUAGCUGCUGAUGGGAGGGGACUUCAGGAGGUUCAGAUUAAUGAUAACUUUGCUAAGCUUUCUGAAGCAUUAUAUGUUGCAGAGCAGAAGGCUAGAGAAGCAGUGGCAAUGAGAUCCAAGGUUCAAAAGGAGAUGCUUAUGAAGGAAAAGGAAAGGAAAGAGCAGGAGUUGCGGGCCUUGGCACAGAAAGCGCGCUCUGAAAGAACUGGUGUGCCACCCCCAGCUGCUGCUCCCAUGCCUUCUGAGAAGAGCAUGAUGGAUAGUGGUGACAUGCGAGGGGAUUAUGAUCGUGUGAGGGAGAAAGAGAGGGAUUUCCCAAAGGAGACAAGGGAGGAAAGAGAGGAGAGAUUGCAGAGGGAGAAAAUUCGUGAGGAGCGUCGGCGAGAGAGAGAAAGGGAGAGAAGAUUGGAGGCAAAAGAUGCUGCAAUGGGAAAGAAAAGCAAGAUCACGAGAGACAGAGAUCGUGAUAUUAGUGAGAAGAUUAGUCUUGGCAUGGCUUCUACUGGUGCAGGAAGAGGGGGUGAAGUUAUGUAUGACCAAAGGCUGUUCAACCAGGAGAAAGGAAUGGACUCUGGAUUUGCCACUGAUGAUCAGUACAAUGUGUAUGACAAGGGAUUGUUCACUGCACAGAAUACACUUUCUAGCUUGUACAGGCCAAAGAAGGAUGCUGAUAGUGACAUCUAUGGAGGUGCGGAUGAACAGCUGGAGAAGAUUAUGAAAACUGAACGCUUCAAACCUGACAAGGGUUUUGCUGGUGCUUCUGAGAGAGCGGGUCCAAGAGACAGGCCAGUUGAAUUUGAAAAGGAGGCAGAAGAAGCUGAUCCAUUUGGACUGGAUCAGUUCUUGACUGAAGUGAAAAAAGGUAAGAAAGCAAUGGAUAAAGUUGGUACUGGAGGGACUAUGAGAGCCAGUGCAGGAUCUUCGAUGCGGGAUGGCCAUGAUGGAGGCUCUGGUAGGACGCGGAUUGGCUUUGAAAGGGGACGAUAAAAUAGCCCCUUCAUCAGGUUUAUUUUCUAUCAUAGCAUGAGUCUGUGGCUGUUCCUAUGCUUUUAUGGCUGAAAAUCUGUUGCUUGAGCUUGAAACUCAGAACCUUAAAAAUAUGUUAGUACUUUGAUUCGCUUAUUUGUAUUUUUGUUCAGAAAAUGGAGACUGGUUUCAUUUCCUUAACAAGCUGGUGAAAUAAGUUAUUUUUCUCAGUUUCUA